GCCUGCAAAUGUUAUAGAUUGUGAUUGACUGAAUCAAAUCAGGGUGGCGUCGCCAACGGAAAAUGAAUGGCCGUUUGGUAUAUGGGAUUUGGUUUUCAAUAAUCAGCUGGUAUGCACGCCAUACCUGGCGUAGAAAAUUCAUUUAAAGUCUUCAUUUGACUAUAGAAAUUGGCUUUUUAGCUUCAUCUGGCUGCUGCUGUGCUGCUGGUUAUACAGCAGGAGCCGGCUGGCCCCGCGAAGGCUAAACACUGACCCAACCGGUUUUCUAGAUACCCGUUCACAUACACUAACGUACCUCCUGCUGCUGUCGUGUAAAUCGUGACAUUGAGUCACGAUGCGAUGCUGACGGGACUUGAUUUUUCGAUGAUUGAAACCGGUCUCAGAUAUUCAAAUACCAAGUCGACAGAGCAUUUCCUUUUGGAAUGACAGCUGAUGCUGGUUGUUGUUGUUGUGUGUGGCCUUGCAAGCAAAUCAAAUGACCUCAGCACGUUCACCUCACGAAGCGUUGGCCAACAAGUUAUUAGAACACGCCCCGGCCGCCACCUCGUCCAAUCACGAAAUCGAAUUCGCCCAUAUUCGCGCCGACAGUUUCGCUCAAUCGCCCCAGAGGGCAUGGACAGAUGACGAUCCUGCCGUAUAUACUACGCAAAUUUCCAACUUUGGGCAAAAUAUCCGGUGUCUUGUUUGUUGGACAUCUUUUUUUGAAUUGGCUGGUGUCCCGAGUCAUCGACCGGCCGCAUCAGCCAACAGCGGAUGGGCGGAGAUUCGCCAUCGCACAAAGGGCGAGUCCACAAGAGAAAAGCUCAAACGCAUUCCAGCGUUGCCAAUGAAUGUAGCGCAGCUGAUCACGCGCAUCAGCAGUCCGCCCACCUUCUUCCUCUAGACGCACUUGAACCCAUCAGCAGUCGCCAUCGUGAAAUCAAUCGUGUUUGAUGGCCGUCAUCAUCAUCUGCAGUCUAUAGGUCAAAUUAAAAAGUUGAGUUUCAUUAUUCACCGCCUAAAUAAUAAUCGUGAUUGUCGUGAUGAUGCAAUUGAGACCUCACUACUGAAGUCUGGCCUCAGUCUGGGACAUGGAAGUGAUUAAAAAGUGUCACAACCAAAAUGGAAAUGUUCAACGUCAAUCGUCGUGCAAUCGCUUCGUUCAUCGCCUUGGUUUUCCUUUUCAUCGAGUGGACAUUGUUUGACGGCCAUCACGUCAGACCGAGACUGCCAAACCACUCGACGUUGCAACCAGCACUCUCGAAUCAACAGCAACAGCCCCAGCAACUCUAUCACCUGAUUGACAAUUAUUCAAAGGAUCAACUGCCAUUGCCGUUGGCCAAUCAAGACGAUGAACCGCCAGCAUUCAAAAGGAUCCUCUUCUGGAAUACGUUCAAAAAAGAAAAGAAUUACGGGGUGGGGCUCGGCCGGGACGCCUUGCGCCAAUGGGGCUGUCCCGUUUGGCGGUGCGAAACGUCAGACAACCGGACCGACGUCCAGAAUUACGACGCCAUCGUCUUUCAUCUUCGCACGUGGAAUCAAAAAGAUUUGCCGAAGCGUCGCUCGCCUCACCAGCGCUACGUUUUCUUUAGCCUCGAGUCGCCGGCCUGGGCCGCCUACAGAGUCGCCCGUAUGGCCAAUUUCUUCAACUGGACCAUGACGUACCGAUGGGACUCGGACAUGAUCCACCCUUACGGCUACAUUGCGCCAACGGGAAACGUCCCCCUUCAUCCCACUCCAAAUCAGAUGAAAUUCUACCUGUCCAAACCCACAAGAGUCAAUUACGCCAAAGGGAAGACCAAAAUGGCCGCCUGGUUCGUGUCCAACUGCCAAGCAGUCGUCAGCAGCCGAAACGAAAUGAUCAAAAAGCUGCAAAAGUACAUGACAAUCGACGUGUACGGCAACUGCGGGAACAUGACGUGCCCAAAGAAACGUGACAAAUCGUUCGAGUCGAGCGACGAGUGCCGGGACAUGGUGGCCGACAAUUACAAAUUCUAUUUCGCCCUGGAGAAUUCCCUCUGCCGCCAUUACGUCACCGAAAAAUUUUUCGAGAACAUGCGCCGCCCGAUCCUGUCCGUCGUUUUCGGCCUCCACGACGAUCACGAAAAACUGGCACCGCCGCAUUCCUUCAUCAACGGCGCCAAAUUCAAAUCAAUGAAAGCCCUGGCCGAUUAUCUGAUCCUCCUGGACAAGAACGACACGCUGUACAACGAGUACUUUUGGUGGAAGCCUCACUUUCAGGUGCGGGACAGCCAACGGGACAAGAACCUGGGCUUGUGCCACCUGUGCGCCGCCCUGCACGACCCCACUCGCCCGCGCAAAAUCUACGCCGAUUUAACCGACUGGUGGGAAACCAAAUCCAAGUGCGUUUUCUCGCCCGCCAUCUUGUGAUAUGCCCUUGCUCGACCUGGUGGGAUCACCUAUGAUCCCAAAUAAGAGACUUGUCUUGUUCUGUUAAUAAAUUCAGCUGUUGAUAUAAAUACGGAGAAAAAGUGGCUUCAAUGUUUUAAUGUAUCGAGUUGGAGCGAAAAAGUCUAAACGAGGAAGUUCC